AUGGAAGCAGCAACUGAAGAUAACUUUCAAGUAAAGAAGCUGAUGGUAAAGGAUAUUAAAACACUUCACCCAGAUCAAGCAUGGGGGUCUUCUGACUCUUACGAUCUUUCGCCCAGCGCUUUAAGGAGACAGAAGUAUUUGUUUGAUGUAUCGACCCUCUCAGACAACGAGGAGCUGGUGGGAGCGGAGCUGCGGCUCUUUCGCAAAGCCCCUGGCGAUCAUUUCUCCAAGGCUCAGACAGGCCUGGCCCAUUUGCAGGUCUCGCCUUGCCUUUCGGGCCGCCUCUUGGACUCCAGGACUCUGGACCUGCAGGAGGCGGCGUCUGCCCGGGCCGGUGGUGACUGGGAGGUGUUUGAUGUGCGGCAAGCUCUGCAGCCUCACCAACUCUGGAAGCAGCAGCAGCAGUUUUGCCUGGAGUUGCGAGCCGUCGCGGGGACUCGAACUCAGCAGCAGCUGCUGGACCUGCGCAGUCUGGGCCUGGGGCGCGGCGCGCGAGCGCAGCAGGAGAAGGCGCUGCUCGUGGCUUUCACCAAGUCGAAGCAGAAGAAUCUCUUCGCGGAGUUGCGCCAAGAGCUGGGGGCGCAGCAGCGGAGCGCGCAUGCGCCCUCCUCGCCGGAGUCAACGGCGGCCGUGAAGCUGCGCCUCAAGAGCCGCCGGAUGAGGCGCACGGCUUACAACAACCGCCACGGCAAGCGGCACGGCAAGAAAGCGCGGCUGCGGUGCAGCAAGAAAGCCCUGCACGUGAACUUCAAAGAGCUGGGCUGGGAUGACUGGAUUAUCGCUCCUCUGGAGUACGAGGCGUACCACUGCGAGGGCGUGUGUGACUUCCCGCUGCGCUCGCACCUGGAGCCCACGAACCACGCCAUCAUCCAGACCCUCAUGAACUCCAUGGACCCGGGAUCCACGCCCCCCAGCUGCUGCGUGCCCACCAAGCUGACGCCCAUCAGCAUUCUCUACACCGACGCGGGCAACAACGUCGUCUACAAGCAGUACGAGGAUAUGGUGGUCGAGUCCUGCGGCUGCAGGUAGCCCCGUGCUUCCCGGCGCCCCCCGGAGGGGAAACAAGGAAGUAGCAGCAGCAGCAGGGAACUCG